CUUGUUUACUUCUCACCAGUAGUACCAAAUUUGUAGAUGGUUAUGUGUGAAUAGAUGGUGCCAGGGUUUAAAAUACUGCUGGGGAAAUUUGGCUGCAAAGACAAAACAGUGUAUAUGAUUGAUUAAAUCAGCAGCUUGGAAGCUGACGAAGAAUUGUUGUAUGCAAUGAACUGAGAAGGAUAUAGGAGGAAUAUUACCACUUGCCUGGAAGGACUGAAAUUAUCACAAAAAUUAGUCAGUUUGCUGCUCUCUGGACCAAACCUGAGACCUCUCAGACAUGAAGCAAGAAAUAGGGGCGUAUGGGACAUCACGACGCAGAAAAGGGGGCAAAUAUCCAUGCUCAAGCUGAAUUCGAACUACAGACCCCGUGUUUGAGUAGCCCAACACCGUAACAGGCUUUGAUCUGACAACAAAAAUAAUAUGUAAAUUAGUUACUUGGAUUUUGAAACUGAAACACGUAAUCCGAUAUGUUUCAGUUUUUUUGUUCGAACUAUUAAUUUACGCUUUUGUCGGUACUCGCUUCAGUGUGAAUCCCACAGCCUUUAUUUUAAUUAUAAUUUUUUGUUUCACUGCACAGUCGAUCAAUGACAGGUAAUGGGAGUAAUAGUCGACCGCCUGCUUCUCCCCCCAAUCUUAAAAAUAUUUAUUUUAAAAAUCAUUUAUUGCAUGUAAUAAUGUCUUUUAUGCAGGGAAGAAUAUUAAAAUUUACAUUUAAAGGAAAGAGAUGCAUGGGAUAAGGCAGAAGAAGGUGGUUUAGUCAAUUGCUAGAAGACGAAGCGAUGAAGACCUGGCUAUAAUCGUAAAAUGAAUACUUUUCGACUAUCGACCCUAAAAAAUUGAAAUACUGGGAGAAGGAGACGAUACAGAGGGUUUAGCUUGCUAGAUUAAUCAAUACAUAUGAACAGAUCGAUGUGGGAAAUCGCGUGUGAUAAAGGGAUGACGUAUUUUAAGAUUAUCGAUAUAAAGCGAAUUUCUUGUUUUACUGAUCGAUGUUGAUGUUAAACACAGUAAAAGGUUUACUUUGAUGAAUAGUGGUCGUAUGUGAUAAUUUAUAUGUAUUUAGAGGCGAGUGACGACACAGACUAAAUUAAAAUUUCAGUUAAACUAUGAAUUUUGGAAGAAAUAAAUUGUAAAUUAUGCUCAUAUACUUCUUUGUGUAGACUGCUAUAUUUUUUAUUACUACGCGGUUCAUCGAAAUGAAUUUCACAUCGGCAUUAAUUAUCUGGAUCUAAUGUUACCAUCUGUGAACCUACAUCUUAAAUAUAAGACUCAGAACUUCUAUGAUAAAGUUAAUUUGUUACGACGGGAGUUUUGUCUUAUGUUGCUGAAAAUCGUGAGGUAACCUAACAUUUCUUAACAGUUCGGUAGAUAAGCCAUGUUGUGUUGCAUGGCUACAAAUGUUGAUUGGACGAGUGACUUACGUAAAUUUCCGUUGUUGUUACUUGUUGGAAGGUUGCAUUAUGAAAUUUUUUAUGCAGAUUUCUCAACUUAAUGACGCUCGUUUAUCAGUUCAGAUUAUUUACAGUCGAAUGAGAAAUGACUGUGAUAAUGAUUAAUGAAUUGGUUAAGGUGGGAUAAUCGAUCAUGGCUUAUACAAAGUACGGAAUUUCAUUGCAGGUACAGAGGAAAAGUACGGGAAACCUAAUUCAGGGUAGUGGGUUGUAGAUCGACAUUUUAACCGGAAACAACAGAUUUGAUUCAGUAAUGCGACAUUCGGUGUGGAUGAGCAUGGUGAUGCACGGUGAAUUGAAGAGUGCGUUCGUGCCCUAUUUUAUACUAAUAUCCCACGCAGAGGAAUACCACAACAAACUUAAAAAGCCUGUGUUAUGGUCAAAAUUUUAUAUAGACAUAUUUACAGUACUGAUUAAAUGUGUUAGUGCUGAAACAACGUUCCUGUUAUCUGUGCUUUGGUUUCCUAAGAAAAUUGGUCCUUUAAAAUGGAGAUGCUUGAAAUAUGUAUCAAGUGUUUAGUGGAUGAGCAUUCUGUGAGGUGAUUCAGAGAAGCACGGCCAUCUGGAAACUAGGAGACAGCAAAGAAAGAUGUGGCAGUCAUAUCCAAAAUGAGUUCAUUAUCGGAAGACAGCUGGUAUGUGGCCUGUGCCAGAACAUUCCCCGGGUAACCCUCCUCACCACACUUGCUCAGAUGUCCAGCGACAGUGUGGAGAUGCGAGAGAUGGCAGCUCGUAUAUGUCGCGAUUAUCUUCGUGGCUCAUGGAGGAAGAUCACAGCGAGGAACAUUGUUCUCAAACGCAUCAGUGGCGGACUGAGCAAUUGGCUGUAUCACGUCUCCCUUCCUGAGUCACACCCCCCAAAAUCAUCAGAGCCAUCUCAGGUGCUGCUGAGGCUCUAUGGGCAGGUGCAUGGCGCAGAGAGGGCUUUAGAAGGCCUGAUCACAGAAUCUGUUAUUUUCACUCUGCUCUCAGAAAGGCAGCUUGGCCCUAAAUUACACGGAGUUUUCCCUGGUGGACGUAUUGAGGAAUAUAUUCCAGCUCGUCCUUUGAAGACCAAGGAACUCGGUGAUAAUCAGCUCAGUGUCUUGAUCGCAGAGAAGAUGGCAAACAUCCAUCAGAUGAAUGUCCCCAUCAGUAAGGAACCACGGUGGCUAUGGGACACUCUUAAUGGAUGGCUGAAGAAUGUGCAAGCAAAUUUGGAGGACCCGGGUAUAGUGGAGUCUGAAAAUGAAACCAUGGUGCACAAACUUAAAAUGUACAAUUUACCUUCGGAGAUAGAAUGGCUCAGGGAGUACCUUGGAAGUGUCUCGUCGCCAGUAAUGUUCUGUCACAAUGACAUGCAAGAGGGCAACAUUUUGCUCUACUGUGGUACUAUGACUGAUAAAGAAGCCCUGCAGAAUCCUCAGCUGGUACUUAUCGACUUUGAGUAUUGUUCCUACAACUACAGAGGAUUUGACCUAGCCAACCACUUUUUGGAGUGGACGUAUGACUACACAAACAGUGCAUACCCCUACUUCACUGUGAACAAGAACAACUAUCCAACGCGGGAACAACAGCUUCUGUUUGUGCAUACUUACUUCCAUAAUAUGGGUUGCCGGGGCGAGCAGUCGACGGAGAGGGAUGAGGAGGCACUGCUGUGUGAAGUACAAGCGUUCUGUCUUGCCUCUCAUUUUUUCUGGGGUCUGUGGAGUGCAGUGAAUGCAAAGCUUUCUCAAAUUCCCUUUGGCUAUUGUGAAUAUGCAAUUGAAAGGCUUGAGUCUUAUUUUGAGCUCAAGAAUAAGAUUCUGAAUACUGCUGUCAUCUCACCUGGAGCAGAAACAAGAGUGAAGAGGAAGCUGCAAGAGUUGGAAAGUUAAAUAUGCCCUUAAUUCUGUUGUGGUGUUAUUGAUUGAAGUACAGUGACAUUCUAAGAUAAGAUUCUUGCAUAAUGAGAAAAUGGUGGCAUAAUAGCUCAGGCAUUGCUUAAAGUAGGGAUGGGGCCUUCUAGGACAUGUGGUCCAAUCCAACAGGUCCAAUAAAUUUAAUGUCCAAAGGAGGAAAUUUUCCAGCCAUUACUUCAAUCCAUUGACACAAAAGGUCCAAAACUGAGUAAGGGUUAGACAAGAGGGUACUUACUUUCAAGUAUAAAUGCUAUACUAAUAAAUUAGUGAAUGAAAUUACUAUGAUUUAUUUAGGCAUGAAAUUUAUUUGCAGUAAAAAUAUGAGAAAAAUAAAUAUUUUGGAGAAAGUUAAAUGUCAGAUUAAAUUUUGUGCAACAAUGGGAACAGGCCAUUAUUGGAACGUGAGCAGCAAUGACCUGAGUGAAUUGUUGUGCAACAGUGCGAAUUGGUCAUUUUUGGAACACGUUGUUUCCAACCUGUAACAUUUAAGGAACAGGACUUCAAAUUUAUUCAUACAGCCUCAUAGCCAGAUUUUGUUUGCAUUAUUAUAAAGUGCAGAGAGUAUUAUAAAUUAAAUGUUUGCCUAUUCACUGCACGUUUUAACCUAGAAUCUCCGAAUGAAAUAUAGGCUAUUAAUGAUGAAUCAAUAUUCUUGUAUGCUGAAGUUUUUAAAGUAUCUGACCAGCAGUUUAGUUUACAUUCCUUUUCUGUUUUAAUCAGGAUUACUAAAUUCUUUGGCUAUGUCCAUUGUCUGUUUUUUAAAACGAACGAUACAUUUCGGAAGCUGGAUCUGCUUCCGUCCUAAGGUUAAAAAGGGGGUAGGGGAACCUACCGAGAGCUAACCCCAAUCACUGGACCAGUUAUUGAGGUUAACUCUUUCUGCCAAAUCCAGCUGAGGACAGAAGACGACCCAGCUUCUGAAAUGUAGCGUUCUUUUUAAAAACACGAUGGACAUAGUCCAAGAAUUUAGUGAUCUCGAUUGUAACACACCAUCGACAGUACCCUUUAAAAUUGACUUUUCUGCUUUGUUUAUUCUUUGAAAUGCUGGAAAAUAGAUGGAAUUGGAGUGGCAGAAUUUUGUUAACUCACUGUACCAUAGUUGCAGAAUGAUGUAACCUCUGUUAAUAAGAUCAGGCCCCCUUUUAGCUGACGGCUGUAUAACAAAAUGCAGAAGUGGUCAGCAUUUUCACAGCUGGUUCAGUAAUGCAGGCCAUUCUUCUUUUAGAACUGCAGAUUUUAAGUUCUCACAUCAGUGAAGAUGAUGAUGCAGUUCUGGUUGUGAUGUGGCGUAGACUGAUUGGUAGAUACCAACAUUCUGGGGAGACAUGCUGUCUUUAUGUUCAACCCUGAAGUUGCAGACAGUAUGGUUCUCUGAACUGGUGUCCACUUUAAAUUGCACACACUGUCCCAACCCAGAACAUUAUAUUCUUAGAAUUCUUUAUCUGGACACUGAUAAAUAAUCGUUGUUAUGGAAUGAGGUAUGUGAAUGGCUGGGAAUAAAUAUAAAGAGGAAAAGUGGCUCAACCCAUGUACAUUUAUAGGUGUGUUGUGCCACUUUGAUGCUGAGAGCCAUAUUUUAAGCUCAGCAUUAUAUUGAUCAUGUUAUAAUUGCUUCACAGGGAAAAGCCAGAGUAAACACUGUGUGAGGUAUCGGCCAAAUCACUGGUUUGCAUGGAUCAAUUAGAGGCAUUAGAAAUAUGACUACAUUUUAAAUAACAACAGAUAAGACUUCAAACUUAAUCAGGCAUGGAACCCCUCCAUCAAAAUAUUACAAACCAAUUA